GAGGGAGGCGCUUCGAGUUGCUAUCUAUUUCGAGCAGUGGCUAGUCAGAAGAAAACAAUUAGGGUAUUUACAAUAUAACUUAGAACAUUUUUGUCAGCGCCACAAAAAAUAUUAGUCAUUUAUACAACGCCAUGGCUGAAACGGAUCCCAAAUCGGUGCAGGACCUUACCAAUGUGGUCCAGACACUACUGCAGCAGAUGCAGGACAAGUUCCAGACUAUGUCAGACCAAAUUAUUGGGAGAAUUGAUGAGAUGAGCACACGAAUUGAUGACUUGGAGAAGAACAUUGCCGAUCUGAUGACCCAGGCUGGAGUUGAAGAGAUUGAGGGACCACCUGAGAAGACUAAGGAGGGCCAAGGAUCAUAAUGAAGUCUUUUACAGGUUGGAAAUAAGGCAUGAAGGCAGUUCUAUCUUCAGGAGCAACAGACUUUUCCAUUCUGGAUGUGAACUAUACCGAUUUGGUGUGUUGUGUGAAAUGCUUUUUUAUAUAUUGAAUAUUGUGAUAAAUGGUUAUAGUUAUGUAGUGACUUGAAAAGUAGAACGUCAUUUGUAAGCUAGAGUAGUGUGCCCUUUGGAACUUUGACUCUUCUCGUGUAGGAAUGGAAGAUGUGGAACCUGAGCACCAACCUGGCAGAAUUAUUUUGCUGCCAUGACCAUGUAAUUUUGUUAUGUUUCAUCCAAAUUAUGGCUAGUCAAGACACAUUUUCCCUGGCCUUGGCUGGAAAUAAGCCACAGGUUAGCAGGCAAGCAACAUUUUCAUUUGUUCAGUCAAGGAUAGUGGAUAAAAUGAAGAUGAACAUCUGAAACCUGUAUUAUUUAAAAAAUAGCACUCUUUGUGCCAAGUUGUUAAAUGCAUUCCAAAUCUGACAAAUUAAGUUGUAAUAAACUGAUUUAAUAUUA